GCAAGAUUUGUGAAAUUAUGUGUGAAGUUGUUUUGGAGUAUCUACUUGCUAAUUAUUUAUAUGGAGGCACUGGUAAAUGAAUUGGGAUUCAUUCAAGGCUUUUACACAGGGGCUCCAGGCAGAGCACUCCUGUGUGAUUUGGACCCACUGCUCCCUCUCCGGAGGCUGAGGUGUGAUUUGGCCACAGAGGACUCCAUGUUCAUAAUAAUGUGCCAAAACCCUUCUCCCUUCCUCAUGUUGUGGCCACAGCAUUUUGUGUGGAGGACUCUCCUCUAGCGAACUCCAUGCAGAUGAACAGUGAUGGCCACAGAAUCACACCCACCUGAACAUUCAGUCGAUGAAGUGGCAAACACGGAGCAAGUGCUGAACUCGCUGGAGAGGAUCAUUCUCACCAUCUUCCUCACCAUCAUCAUCAUCAUGACUGUUCUGGGGAACCUGCUGGUGAUGGUGGCACUCUGCAAGGACAGACAAUUGCGGAAAAAGAAGACCAAUUACUUCAUAGUGUCUUUAGCGUUUGCAGACCUCCUGGUUGCUGUGGUUGUCAUGCCGUUUGCAGCCAUUGAGUUGACCACAAGUCAGUGGCGGUACGGGGAGAUAUUCUGUCUGGUUCGGACCUCACUGGACGUGCUAUUGACCACUGCAUCUAUCCUACACCUGUGCUGCAUAGCACUGGACAGGUACUAUGCAAUCUGCUGCCAACCGCUGGUGUACAGGAAUAAAAUGACGCCCUUGAGAGUGGCCCUGAUGCUGGGAGGAUGCUGGGUCAUCCCCUCCUUCAUCUCCUUCCUUCCCAUCAUGCAAAGUUGGCACGCCAUCGGCAUAGAGGACAUUAUAGAGCAGAGGAAGUUUAGCGGCAACAGCAACGAGACCAACUGUGUAUUCGUGGUGAACCGUCCAUAUGCUCUCAUCUGCUCCGCCGUGGCCUUCUACGUUCCCCUGAGCCUCAUGGUCCUGGCCUACCAGCGCAUCUACGUCACUGCCAUGGGCCACGUGCGGCAGAUUGGCACGCUGCAGCGGGCAGGCUCCGCCCCCUACUCGGCGCCCCCCCAGCACUACCUCAGCUCCGAGCAGCAGGGCUCCAGUCGCAUGCGCAUAGAGACCAAGGCUGCCAAGACCCUGGCUGUCAUCAUGGGCUGCUUCUGUCUCUGCUGGGCCCCCUUCUUCAUCACCAACGUGGUGGACCCCUUCAUCCACUACAGUGUGCCCUGGCAGAUGUGGACCGCCUGGCUGUGGCUUGGCUAUAUUAACUCUGGCCUUAACCCCUUUCUCUACGCCUUCCUGAACCGGGCCUUCAGACGGGCCUUCCUCAUGAUACUGUGUUGUGGUGAUGAGAGAUAUGUACGCCAGGGGAGCUAUGGCCCCACCAGACACUACUCUGGAUCUGUCAACGGGACCUCCAUCGCGCUCAGACUAUCCUUCCUUCCCAACGGAAGCUACAGUGACAACAGCAGGAGGAUUUUAUCCAAUGAGCUGGAAUCUCAGGACUCCAUGGGUGGACUGUCUAUAGCCCAGAGAUAAUGACCUAAACCUGCUUAUGUCUUACGCAAGUUCAACACGUGAAAUACAGUAUGUAUUAAUGGGGACGUAUGGUCACCACAAUGAGAUUCUUGUCUGAAGGACUACAGUCUGAUAAUGAAGAAGUCAAUCAUUUGAUUAUUGAAUUACCAGAUCAUGGUUUAUGAAUUUACUGCGUAAAAACACUGUCCAGUCAGUUUUUUCCCCCAGGUGAAGACUAUCAGACAAUGAAGAUGCAUGAAGAGAUCAAAAGCCAGUUAGUGUCUGUGGAAUGACUUGAGCAUUACGCCAAGAUGAUUGUUGGUGAUUAAUAUUCUACGGGUCCCUAUAAAGUUAAAAGCUAUUGUUGGCUCACCAGUUUUGUCAGUGUUUCCCCUAUAUGCAUUUUACAAGCGUCGCACCGCCGCUGCUAAAUCAUGGCCGCCACUGAAAAAAUAUAUAUAUAUUUUCGGGAUGGUAAAACAUUUUAAAUCUAAACUUCAACAACUAAAACCAUAUAUAAGGAAUGUAGAAAAGACAAUGGAGCAAUAUAUAUAUAUAUAAAAAACACUUUUUUUUUUAAAUAAGAUCAUAUUUGAGGAACUAACAACCACCACAAUAAAAACUAGUCACGGAGAAUCUGAAAUUCCAAAAAUGUCAUGGCAUGGGACCCCCUUUAAUUUAGUUAUGUUUGAGCUACUCAGCAUAAGAGCAAUUGUAGGAAACUAGCUUUAACUGUAAGAUUCUCUCUGCCCUAUGGCAAAACGUAUAGAAUUGUCAAGAGGGCUUCUAAAACCCCUCCAUUGGCCAUGCCUACCAUCCCCUGCUUUACUUGCCACUGCUGCUGAAAAAAUACCUGGGGGAAACACUGGAUGAAAGAGUCUCAUUCCUGGUAGUGACCCAUGUAUGUUAAAAACAACUGUAUUUAAUUAUGUCAAUCAACUUAGCAUUUACUAUUUAUAUUCAGUUUUGACUCUGACAACUAUUUCAUGUACAUUUUAAUCUGAAGAGAACUGAUGGUAUAAAAUAGACAUUACUAAAUUGUAUUUAUUUCGGCUUCAGAAAAUAAGGAGCAAUGUCUUGUUACUAUGUGACAACUUUUUAGUCAGAUUUCUUUUACAUUGUUGGAUAUUAUUUGUGAUAAAUAAAUGUGUAACUUCACAAUUUUAUGUGCCAAGAACUCAGCAACUAACAAAAUUGCUUUUGAAUUGCUGUCUAAUCGAGCCUUGUACUUCUGAUCAUGCAGGCCAGAAAAAUUGAUGGGCUUCAAUGAAGACCGCUG